ACACAGCUCUGUGUUUGAGCUGCACCAUGCAGUCUGACCAUUCUAUUUUCAAGUCUAGCAAGCGCAAUUGAGGACCGACGACGCAAGGCGACAUAAGUGCAAUUGAGAAUGAUUCUAAACAAAUUCCGCCUCUGGGUCGCUUAACCUUUCGGAAACUUUGGAGGGACAUUUUUCUGAAAAGACCGCGGAACGCUUGCAGUGUGUGAUGCACGGUCUUUGUGGUAACCUAUUCUUGACCACUCGUCUAAUUAUAAUAUAACUGUAAUUUAUUUUACAGCAAGUCCUCUCUUUGAAAAAAACGCGACAGCUGCAAACUUUGCAUCCCUGCGAGUCCAGGUUUGGGAAUUGUCACACAUUUGCGAGAAUCGGCUUGGCUUAUUCACUCAGUCGAUCCUGGGACAUACGCGGUGUGGCUGGAUGUUGCAUGCGGGUCAAUGAGCGCGAGGACAAAGUGCCUCCGAAGUCCCCAACUCCCCGACCUCUCUUACCUGAUGCCGUGCAUGAUGAUUGUCCUUGGAAUACUUCUGAAUGUCCUCAGUCAUGGUAGUGUGCUGGCUGGCUCCAUAGACUGUCUGGAGGCGGAGCGGGGCUGUGUGCAAGAUGAGGGCUGUAUGGGGGUGUACAGGGUGCUAGAGUACUGUGCUGCUGAGGAGGCUGUGUCGCCCCUGGGCCCAGACGCCAGACGUGAGUGCCUGGAGGCCCAGAGCGCCCUGCAGCACUACCACCCCCUCCAGGCCUGCAAGUGUCAGCGCGGCUCCCGCCGGGAGGAGCUCUGCCUCAGGGUCUACUGGACCGUCAGAUUCGCUGUGUACGAUGAGAACGAGGUGUCUCCGUAUGAGGAUCUGGAGGUGGAGUUUGUGAGGCACAUAGAGAUGUCACGCAUGGCCUCCAUCAUGGCAGCUUCCUCUCUGCCUCUGGAUGGGCAGAACCAGUGUUUGAAGGCAGCCCAGGACUGUGGUCUGUAUGAGAAGUGUGGUUCUCUGAGGUCGGAGUAUGUUGUGUCCUGCACCAAGCGGCCACCGGGCUCCGACGGCAGCUGUAACAGACAGAAGUGCCACCGAGCGCUGCGACGCUUCCUGGAGCGGGUACCAGAGGAGUACAGCUUUGCCCUGCUCUUCUGCCCCUGCUCUGAUGCCCUCUGUGGGGAGCGCCGGCGGAAGACCAUCGUACCCUCGUGUUCCUAUGAGGAGAGAGACGGCAAGCCCAACUGCCUCAGCCUGCAGGGCUACUGUGCCAGGGACAAGCUGUGUAGAUCUCGGCUGGCUGAUUUCCAGCACAACUGCCAGCCCUCGUCCCAUUCUCCCUCUGGCUGCAUGAGAGAGAGUGGAGCCGUCUGCCUUAAGGCCUACGCCGGACUCAUAGGCACCAUCAUGACCCCCAACUACGUGAACAAUAUCAGUAUGGACGUGUCCCAGUGGUGCAGCUGUGAGGGAAGUGGGAACCAGUGGCAGGACUGUCUGCGCGUCCUGCACAUGUUUGACAGCAACGUCUGUCUGCGUAAUGCUAUCAUUUAUUUGGGUGGCUCUUCCCCUCGCCCUGUGGAGAGCACUACUCUGCCACCUCGUCGCCACGCAUCUGCCACCCCCUCCCCCCACAUCUUUCAGGACAAGAUCAAUGUCAACGUCAACGUUUUAUCAGAGCGCAACAGUGUGGAAGACACUGAAGAGGAAGAAGAGGAGGAAAGUCAGGAAUUCAACGUUAUCCCUCAAUAUUCUGAGAAGGAGAAGUCUAGUGUGGGUUCCGGGGCCCGAGGGAGCCAUAGAGGAGCGGCAGGCCAAACAGUACCCAUGCUGCCUCUGCUGCUGCUGCUGCUGCCCGCUGCCAUGCUGGGCUGGGGGUGUCAGGGUUAACGAGCCCCCCCCCCCCCCCCUACUACCUCCCUUACGCUCAGCUACGGUAUCACAUUCACUGGGUCACCUCCACCAUGGCAAUGAGAUAGAAUGGACUGAUGGGGAGACUUAAGGCUGAGGGAAGAACGACCACAAGGAGGAAAUUGACAUUUCUUCUGUUUUCCAUUACUUGCUGUAUUUCUGUUUUCCUUUCUUACUUUCCAACGACGGGUCCUUUUCUGUAUUCUCCAUCUUUCCUCUCCUGCUCUGUCUACUUGCGAUCUGUUUAAGUAGUCAUAGCUGCCCAUCUCUUUUGCUCCUCUCUCACGUAAGUAGACGUAGUUGAACAACCUGGGCCGAUAAAUAAGUCGAUGGCUGAAUUAAUAAGGUCUGUCUGGAUGAAUCGAUAUGGCUGUCUGUCCGGUGCCUGUCUCAAGAUUGGCUAUCCAGCUCCACUCUCCCUCUUCACGAGGAGCUCAUCGCCCAAGGCCAGUAACAGCACCUAUCUCCAAGAAAACAUGACCAGUGAUUGGUGGAACCAUGACGGUUCAUUCCUUUGAUUUUUGUGCCAUGCCUCACCUCGCCUUUUUCUUUCUCCUUCGUUAACUUCCUUUCUUUCAUCAUCCCUUGGAUACGAGGGUUGUUGGGCAAGCCACUCUGUGCUAAACCAUAGAGACCUCUGUUGCACUUCCUUCCUGUCUCUUAUGUUGCUCUCCUUGUUUGCACCCUCUUCGCCACCUCAGACUAGAUGCCACUGACCUCUCCAGUUUGUACACCACUUAUUCUCAGCCUUGUGGAGGAGAUCUGAGAAACCCACCACAGGCACAAUAAUUAUACCAAAUUUGAAUAAUGACAACGGCAGAGGAAAACAACAUAAGCAAUAAAACAUGACAUCAGAUGGCUCAGCGGGCAGGUGCUGGGGCCGUCUGGAUUUGAGCUCAGGGGAGAGAGGAACCAAUUUGCUGCUGUCUAGUUCACAAGUGCUUUCUAUCCCUAGGUGUUGUUAUAGUUUUGGAGAGACAAUAUCACACUUAGCUAUACCUUUCCUGCCUGUGUUUGAGUAGGAGGAGAUAGGGAGGGAGAGAGGGGGCACUAUAGAGCCUCUGGCAGCUCUGAUCAUUGAGCAUCACAUUGAGCCUCUAAAUCUUUUGCUGAUGUUAAUGUUUUUUCUCUCCAUUAUUUUCUUGCAUCGCUCAUUUUCUUGUGAACUUGCAAAAUGAACUCCCACCUGAGGGGAAGUAGGUAAAGGGCUGUGGGUGGGAGUUAAAGGGGGAAACUACUCUACUGUGGAAUUGUGUACGUGACUUGUAUUCAUCGACUUCUUUCCGUUCUAGAGGGAGAUGUUAGACCUGACUCGUGCGCUCACCGAUAAUACAUGAUGCUAAAAAGAGAGAAAUAUUUACAGGGCAUAUUUGUGCUGCAGCUCUUUACAUCAUCAGCCACCAGUGAGGGGAGUCGCUGGGACUUAAUUCUGAGUAUUAAUUAAGCAGGCACGAUGGCAUCCGUACGGUCUAACACCAUCUCCAAUCUGGACAGUGACGUUCAUGACGACUGCUGUUCUUUUUUUAAUAGGCACUGUCAUCUCUCACUGCCUGGCAAGGGAUCCUUAUGCUAGUGACCAUCAAAGUGAGUGACCGCACAAGAGAUGACGUGAGAGCGACAAGCCUUGAUUUACACACUGAAACAGCCUAAAUAAAUAUGAGCGUAAGCCAUACAAGUGAACAGCAAGAGGGAACGAGCGUGCCAACUCUAAAUGUAUCACGUUGGUUUUGUUUGUACAGCUGUAUUCACACAUAUUUCCCCCAUGGCCAAAUGGUUUUAAUAAUAUCCAAUGACGUUAGUGCUGACGUUUAGUGCUGACCCAUGAGGGCGCUUCUAGAGGUCUGUUCGGUUUCGAUUCGAUUAUUUAAAAAAUAAUCACGGAUUUCGGUUUCAAAUCUUCUUCUUUUUUUACACAUUAAAUUAUGUGGGUUGAAUUCUGUAACACAGAAUAAAAAGUCAAGUGAAAGUCCCAUGGUGGUAGUGACUGUCCAUUACUGCUCAUCACUUAUUAACCGUCAUUUAUUCACAUUACUUUGCUUUAAUACAAUAUUUUGUUUUAUUCAAUGGUUUUAUUAUUUCAUUCCGAGUCAUCAUCUCAUCUCUAUAGAGCUGCCGCCUAUGCUGUCUGACAAAAUCACUAUUUUAGUCAUUCUUCAAAGUAAAUAAGGCAAACUUAUGACUGCUGAAUGCCAACUAUCAAUCACUUAAAUCAUGUAUUUUCAUGUAGAGAUACCUCACAAAGCAACUGCUUUCUAUCCAUCUCGUACGUCCUCUCUUCUCUCCGUCUCCGUGUGGAAUAUGGUCAUUGUAGUUAAUUGCCACAUUUUCUGCGCUAAACUAUGUCGAAUAUUAGCCUGUUGGAAACUACAACUCCCUACUACAUCACGCAGUUUGCGCUUGAUCUGAUUUAUUUCUACCGAAACUUAGCAACGUGCUCACAGAAAAAAAAAAUGAACUAAAUUAAAUUCAAAUCAUUUUGGUUGAUCACUGAGAACUAAAAUAUGUCUUGUGAUCGAUUACCGGAGUUGCAGAGUUGAUAUAAUGUUUUUGUACUCAAAUAAAUCCACAGAGAAAGGGAGAGGUAAAAGGUGCGACAGUGGGGGAUUUGGGAAAGAUGGGGAGAGUGACAGACGUAGAUGCAGAGAGAGAGAGACCGAGAGAGAGAGAGAGAGAAAGCAAGGGCUCUUAAAAGCUUUCAGUAGCAUUGCUGUUGUAGUCAGGCCCUCUCAGAUUUAUUUUCAUGCCUGUGGCUAAGAGGCGAGUGUCUGUUCCACUCUAUUACUCCUGUGCUUUAACGUCCUGAACUGUGUGCCUCCACCUCAGUUUGGCCUCACAGACCGACAACGCUACUCUCCCGUACAUGCAUUCCCAUCACUCUCUGCCACCGUGUGUAUUUUACAAUCAUCUGCUGCCCCUUACAGACAACAUGCCUCUACAUCUUCUACCCAUUCCUCUUUUCUUUUUCAUGUUGAAACAACAAACACUGUACCAUCAACUACUUGUACAAAGCUUUAUUUUACGGUAGGCUUUAUGUAUGCUUUAAACCGAAAAUGUGUAUAUAUUUUUGUGUUUUCUUUUCUCUUGUUGUAAUUAUCAUUGAGAGUGAGCUGUGCCAUAUAGGGCUGGAUCUGCCCCGUUGGAUCUUAAGUAUGCCUCUUGUAAGUGUAUAUGUACAGGUUAUGGUCAAGCAUCUGUCAGUCUCUCUGUCUGUUUGUAACAGUGAACCACUGUUGUUCUGCGGUGUCCUACUUGCGUUGACCUUGAUAUACAUGUUGAUGGUCAUUUUUAGUAUGGUACAUGAUGAUCUUCAUGUUCCGCGUUAGAAUCCCACUGCUCAUUUACCAAGCCCCGUACAGUUGUGUAAAAUUGGAUUAGCUGCCUGAAUCACACCACUCCUGAGAGUUGUUGAAUGAACACUCUGUGGACAUGGUGGAAGGCCACUUCUUGAAAGUGAUCCUCAGUUGGCAAGCUGGUUAACACGUUCAACUUGAGGAGUUGCCGGCCUCUCUGCCAGCCCUCUAAAACAGUCUUGGGCUCUGUCCAUUAGUAUCAAAAUGGUCGCCAUUUAGAAAAUGGACCCUUGUUAUUUAUGGAUGAGGCCAGUGAGAGACUUCGAAGCUAUCCAAGUAACAUAGUAAGCGCAUUGCACUGAACGUGCCUAUGUAAGACUUCAGUUGGAGAAAGGAAUGAAGGACACUACAGUGGGCUGAGUUUAACAUGAAACAGCCACUGGAUUAGGGGCGAUAUCGAUCCUUAUUUUGACAAUGAGUUAUCUAGAACUUCAGAGUUCAGCAAUGCCAAAAUGUCCCAGCCAUCGCCGUUGCUUUAAGCCACACAGUGCCCUCCUCAUCCCUACCUGUGUCACACCAUCCACCUUCAUGGCCAUGAGUUCCGCCGUGCCCUAUUCAUGCCUGAUGGUGUGAGUUUACAAUCAGGUGUGAGCACUGUGUGGUUCUUCAUCAAAUGUGAGAAUUUACAAUGCUGUGUGAAAAAGACUACGUACAAUAAUAAAACGUUUAAAAAUGA